CCCCUCUCGACCUCUCUCCGGCUUAGAGCCAUGCUCCGGCUUGUGUCGUCGGCCUCAAGGCCUUCGUCGGCGGGCGUGCUCGCCAAGGUCGCUGCAGCCCCGUCGUCGACGCGCCCAGGUAUUCCUCCCAGCUUGUUCGUUUUUAGUGAUUUGGUGAUUAAGCAGCAGCCGCGACCAUCUCGUUGGAUAGGUCGUCGGACGUUCGCUUCCUCGUCUGCGAGACAGGCGGACAUCACGCUUACCGUUGACGGGAAGGAGGUUACCGUCCCGCAAGGUUCUGCGUUGAUCCAGGCUUGCGAGGCUGCAGGAGCAACAAUACCAAGAUUCUGUUACCACGACCGACUCGCCAUCGCAGGUAACUGCCGUAUGUGCUUGGUCGAGGUAGAGCGAUCACCAAAACCCGUGGCCUCUUGUGCUAUGCCCGCCAUGCCUGGUGCAAAGGUAUUUACAAACACCCCAUUGGUCCAUGAAGCCCGUGAGGGCGUCAUGGAGUUCUUGCUUUCAAAUCAUCCUUUAGACUGCCCCAUCUGUGAUCAGGGUGGUGAGUGCGACCUACAAGAUCAGUCCAUGCGGUACGGCGCGGACAGGACACGAUUCCACGAGAUUGCUGGCAAGCGCGCGGUCGAGGACAAGGAUCUCGGCCCUCUUGUCAAGACCUCAAUGAACCGCUGCAUCCAGUGCACACGAUGUGUUCGGUUCGCGAACGAAGUCGCAGGCGUGGAGGAGCUUGGUACAACCGGUCGUGGCAAUGACCUGCAGAUUGGCACGUACGUCGCGAAGACGAUGAAUUCGGAGCUUUCUGGCAACGUCAUCGACCUCUGUCCCGUUGGUGCGUUGACGAGCAAGCCCUACGCUUUCCAUGCACGUCCAUGGGAACUCAAGACCACCGACUCUGUUGAUGUCCUGGACGCUGUUGGCUCAAAUAUUCGUGUUGACUCCCGCGGCGUUGUCGUCAUGCGCGUGCAGCCGCGCCCAAACGAUGACGUUAACGAGGAGUGGAUUAGCGACAAGACUCGGUAUGCCUAUGAUGGCCUGCGCUUCCAACGUUUGACCGUCCCUCUUGUCAAGCAAGGCGACCGAUUUGUUACUGCGUCCUGGGAGGACGCUCUGACCGCCAUCGCGGAGGGACUCAAGAAGUCUGGUGCCAAGGGCAAUGAGAUCAAGGCCAUUGCUGGUCACCUCGCCGAUACCGAGUCACUUGUCGCCCUCAAGGACUUGAUCAACCGCCUUGGCUCCGACAACACUGCUCUAGAUGGUGUCAACGGUCACGCCGCGCCGAUCCACGCCGUUGACGUCCGCUCCAACUAUUUGUUCAACUCGACGAUCCCUGGUGUCGAGCAGGCUGAUGCGAUCCUCCUCGUUGGUACCAACCCGCGACACGAGGCGGCCGUCCUCAACUCGCGUAUCCGUAAGAGCUGGCUGCACACCACGCUCGAGGUGGGCCUGAUCGGUGAGCGGGUGGACACCACUUACGGCUACGACUAUCUCGGCAGCGACGCGAAGGCUGUGGCCGACUUCGUUGCUGGCAAGGGCGAGUUCGCCAAGAAGUUCAAGGCGGCGAAGCGUCCUUUGAUCAUCGUCGGCAGCUCGCUCGUCGAGCACGCGGACGGGGCUGCGGUCUACAACGCGCUCGCCAAGUUCGUCGAGGCGAACAAGGAGAAGCUUGUGACCCCUGAGUGGAACGGUUUCAGCGUGCUCCAGCGUGCUGCUUCUCGUUCGGCCGCGUACGAUAUCGGUUUUGUCGCGUCGAAGAAGGCGUCCACCACGAAGCCAAAGUUCGUCUACCUCCUCAAUGCCGACGACGUCGACCCCAAGGACAUUCCCCAGGAUGCCUUUGUCGUCUACCAGGGACACCACGGUGACCUCGGCGCUCAGCUCGCUGACGUCGUCCUCCCAGGCUCCGCAUACACAGAGAAGGGUGUUACCUGGGUAAACACUGAGGGUCGUGCUCAGCUUGGUCGCGCUGCCGUCCCCCCUCCGGGUGCCUCGCGAGAGGACUGGAAGAUCAUCCGUGCGUUGUCCGAGAUCGUCGGCUCGCCGCUCCCCUACGACGACGUCCUCAGCCUCCGGGACCGCAUGUGGGAGAUCUCGCCAACGCUUGUCCGCUACGAUACUGUCGAACCCACGUCUGUCGACGUCGCCCUCGCUGGCCUGAAGGCCCUCACUGCUGGCACCGCCAGCGCGAAGGUCACCGGCGCGCCUCUCAAGAAGCCCAUCGAGAACUUCUACCAGACGGACCCGAUCUCGAGAGCGUCGGUGACGAUGGCGCAGUGCACGCGCGCAUUUGUGAAGGGGGAGGACUACGGGUUCACGCCGCUGUCGAGCGCUGCUGAGUCUGCCUUUGCAUGAUGGAUGUGUAGAUCAUGAAUGAUAUAGCCCAUCAUUUUUCUCUC